UCAUGAGAAAAAAUAUCCCGAGUCAGUUCUCACACUCCCAAAAUGUGUAUCAGAUACUGAAGUUGCAACUAGAGCUCCUCCAAUUAUUAUUACUUCUGCUAAUUAUUAAUAAAAAUUACUGCCAAGAUGAACACGCUCAUUGAAGUCGUAGCACUUUUUCUAGGUUUUGUUAGUUGGAUAUUGACUCUUAUAACACUAGAAGAUCAGCACUGGAGGGAAUCCAGUCAAGACGGGAGUGUUAUAUUAACUUCUAAUCUCUAUGAGAACCUAUGGAUGUCUUGUGCAAGUGACUCAACGGGGAACUAUAACUGUCGUGACUUUCCAUCCCUUUUUGCUCUUCCAGGAUACAUUCAGGCCUCCCGAGCACUGAUGAUUACUUCAAUUGUGUUUGGGUCGUUUGGCCUGGUGGCUACGCUUGUAGGAAUGAAGUGCUCGAAAAUAGGUGGAGAAAACUAUGUUCUAAAGGGGAAGAUUGCUGCAGUCGGAGGAGUGUUUUUUUUACUGCAAGGGCUUUGCACCAUGAUUGCCGUGUCUUGGUACGCAGCAAACAUCACCCAGCAGUUCUUUGACAUCCUCUACCAAGGGACAAAGUAUGAGCUUGGAGAGGCGCUUUAUAUUGGCUGGGCUUCAGCUACGCUUGCCAUUUGUGGAGGCUCGUGCCUGCUGUGUUCCUGCGGAAUUAUGACUGACAAUGAAAAAAUACCGUAUCCAGUCCAACCAUCCUCCAGAGGACACGUGCUGUCAACUGUGGCACCCUCUCAGUCUGUACCAAGCAACUAUGACAGAAACGCAUAUGUCUAAGAAGUUAAUGUGUAGACAGAAAAGUCAGCGGAUUCAGAAUCUUUCUGGAAGAGACAAUGACAGAGGAUUUCUUUAAAUCACCCUGCCGCUCUUUGUUCAGCUGAGACACCUGAGUUAGAAAACACACAAACACUGCAGAUUUUCUUUAACUCGCGAGGGCAGCCAUGAAACGCAGGAUCUGCGUCUCAUCUCUGUCUGCGUUUUUUAUUUAUACUUUUCUGUGUGUCUGUAUGUGUGUGUGUGUGUGUGUGUGUGUGUGUAAAGAUAAAGUUAUUCUCAGAACUCAGAGCUGAGGUUCCCCUUUUCUAAGUCAGUAUCUUCCAAAACAGAAAGAGGAAGCUGUAAGUUGUUUAUCACAGAAGAGUCAUGGAGACAUGUGCUUAAUGAUCAAUAAAAGAAUACAUGUCAUGUUAGCUGAUCACAAAAUACACGAUUUUCCUUUGACAGACAAUGAUGAGUAAAAAAAAAAAAAAAAUCUGGUAGCAUUUAUACUGGAAAACACUAAUUCUGAAUCGAAUUUUGUUGAUUAUUGGCUUUAUGAUAUCAAUCUUUAAAUUACAUGUUUUUAAUCCUUUAACUACAUGUCUGCUGUACAUGAACUUGUAAUUAUUUUGUAUUUAUAUUGUAAAAAUCCCCUUAUUAUUCUAAACACAUAACUACUUAGUUACAUUUCAGUCAUGACUUACAUAAUGAAAACUGUGACAAUAUAAUAUCAAUUACGGUCAUAAGUUCCAGGACAAAAUCUGUUACAGUAAGUAAAUUUUGAUGCAAAAGUCGCACUGCAAACUAAGCACACAGUUGGUAUAUUUUGUUUUCUAAUGGUCCCAUGCAUUAUCACAAUAACAGGACGUGUGGUUUCAUCCAGUGGGGUUUUUGUGUUUUGGGUUUGUUUGUUUUUUUGCAGCAGCCACUUGAGUAAAAGGAAUGAAACAAACAUAAGCACAGAGUAGCUUGGCACAUAAAGUCUAUAUUUUCAUGUCACUUUGUUGAUUUUAUUUUGAUUUUACACAUUUCUCAAGAUUUUUGCAUGUUUUUUUACACAGAUAUUUACCAGUUCACAGUAAUCGAAUGCCCUAAAUUAUGAGAAUGUUAAUAAGUUUAUGAUUUCUGCUAGUGAUGCUCAGUGGUGUUUAGCACUGGUGACGUUGUUGUCAUUAUUAACUACUUUGCACAGUCAAAUAAAGGGACAUUCACAGAA